ACAUGGACCUUGUUUUCCCCUAUCCCGUCUAUGCGCUUUCCGACAAUAUGAACAAUCUUCCUGAUCCCAACCUCGGGCUGGCGACAUACGCAGGGCGGCUGGAAGACACAGAAUUUACAUUUGCUCCGUUCGACCCCGCAGAACCUUUACCAGAAUACACGCGUUCAUGGGGGCCUCAUCUGCGGCGACCACCCCAGCUUCCACACCAGUACGACACUCGCAUUGACCCAAACCACAUCUUCCUGUUUGCCGUGCAUCCUAUCACUGGCAUCAAGCGCGAUUUCUAUGUGACGCCGAAGCCGUGCGAGUACUGCGCAAAAAUCAGGCAGGUCUGUUCGAGGAGCAGACCCUCUUGCCAGAGGUGCGCCGUGUCAGGCGAUCCGGACAGAGUCUGCCACGUCGAGGACGGCUGGGUUAAGCUUCCGGGACCCAAGUGCGAGAAGCCCAAGCUCCAGAAACGGACAGCGAAUGCUAGUAGAGACGAGAAGCAGGCCAAGGCUCGCUCCUCUACCUCCGACAGCAUGCCCGUCCCGAAGCGUGCGCGGACCCUCGCGCCACAUCCCUUUGACGAGAGCCUCUCGCCUCUCAGCUCGACACCGACUCCCUCGGUCCAAUAUGAGCCCAUGCCACUGCCCAAGAAACCGCUACCGAAACGGGUUACCCCCGUAAUACGCGGCGAGAACGGCCAGGAAAGUCAAAGCGCCGUUGCGGCGUCCACGAGCUCUAGCAGCAACGAGGCAUCGGUGAACGGGAGGAAGAGGGCUGUCGCUGAGAAGCUGGCUGGGAGGAGGGGUAAACGGCCGGAGAAGAGGGUCAUCGUGGACGGGAAAGGCAAGGAAACGGAAGAAGGGAGGUGGUUGGCGAAUGACGGUACUAUCUGGCAUGUUAUUCGACCACCACCAGGUCCACUGCCAUCCUCGACCCCGAGAUCUCUAGCUAAACUACUCCAUGACGAGUCCGUACCACCGAGGUUCACACCCCAGGGCAAGCCGCGAAUAUGGGCGAAGAAUAAAGCAGAGUUUCUGGAAGUCUUGCCUUGGGUGUCGGACGCCAUGAAGGGUCAUGGACCUGGAGUGCACAUGGAGUACGCUACGCUGGAGCCGCCUAUGGUGUAUCUCGAAGGUCAUGCAUGGCCUAAGGACUCGCUGACCGCUGAAGGGAGCGCAGAGAUCACCUUGUGAGUUUUAUCC